AUGGAUGUUAAGGACACUGUUGAUGGAAGCGAGCUUUCGUCUCCAGACGAUGCUGAUCGCUUCAUGCUGAGCGACCAUCGACUUCUGACCUCGGGUUUCUUCGCGGACUGUGAGAUUGUCCUGGGCUGCAAGACUUGGAAGCUUCACAAAUCGGUCAUCUGCCUACGAUCCAAAUACUUCGAACGUGCCUUCAUGGGCCACUGGCCUGAGGCCAAGAGCGGUAAUAUUACAUUAUCGACAGAUCAGUUUACUGAGGAGCAAAUCGAGUGGCUCAUCAGUUUCGUCUAUACUGGAGGUUCGUAA